GAGGGACAGACACAAAGCUCCUCCCACCUACACAGGAAUACUUGUCACCUUCAGCUGCAAUUCUCUCUCCCUAUCAUCAGCACUGAUAAUAAUACCGCAAUCAUGGAUUAUACGGAGAUCGCCCGAUCGGCAGCCGAUAAUCUUCUGUCCUACAGGAAGGAUCCGAGCGGCUGGAAGCAAUGCAAGAAAUCUGGUAAAGUAGCUGUGUACUGGAGACCUUCAUCCGAGUUCACCGGCAGCUUGUAUAAAGGUGAGGGCAUUGUGCCCGGGAAGCCAGUAGACGUUUGGCAAUGUUUGAAACCAGAGCCGGGUGGAUUGAGAGUCAAAUGGGACAGCAAUGUGGAUGAUUUUCAGCUUUUAGAAUCAGUAACUGAGGAUAUCUCUGUGUGCCGGACAGUAACACCAUCUGCGGCUAUGGGCAUUAUCGCACCUAGAGACUUUAUAGAUGUAGUACUGAUCAAGAGUUAUGAAGAUGGUUCUAUAGCAUCUAAUGCAACAAAUGUUGAACACCAAAGCUGUCCUCCCCAGCAGCACUUUGUUAGAGGCUUUAACCAUUCUUGUGGCUGCUUCUGUGUUCCUGUACCUGGAGAACCAGAGAAAACACAAGUUUUAAGUUUCUUCCAGACGGAUCUUAGUGGCUACCUUCCCAAAUCUGUGGUGGAGUCUUUUUUUCCAUACAGCAUGGCUCAGUUUUACAACAAUUUAGCAAAGGCUGUUAAAGCAUUACAUAUAUGACACAUAGCAUGUCCUAUUGGAAAAUAAAGCCGGGAUGAGUUUAGAGAUUUAAAGGGGUUGUAAAGGUUCAUUUUUUAUUUUCUAAUGGGUUCCUUUAAGCUAGUGCAUUGUUGGUU